GUUUGUUUACUGAUUUAUUCUUACAUUACACGUUCGGCAAUCGGUAUUAUAAUUUAAAAUCAAAUAUUGGAUUAUUUAUUGAAGAAUGCUGGCAUGAUGAUCCAGGAAAACGUCCUGUAAUUGACGAAGUUACACGAGAGCUCAGGAAGACAUGUGAAAAGAAGCUAGAACAAUUUAAAGCUUUUUAUAGUACCUUUUGUCCUCCUAAUAAAGUUCUAGACUCGACCCUCCAAGCCAAAGAAAUAGAGAAAAAACUAACGACAUUAUCGCAGCCACGGUUACAACUUAAAAUUUUACCUUCACA